GCUGGUGCUGCUCCUAAUCCGUUGGUUGCUACAAAAUGGUCGUCUGAAUUUCCAUGGAAAUUACGUGUAAAUUCAAAGUGUUUCAUCUCAUCGUUUGAUAUUUCGAAAGAAAAUAUAUCGUUUUUUGAUCGUUAUCCUCUUCAGGCUUUGGCUUGUGAUCAAAUUUGGUGUAGCAUUUUGGUCAUACCUAUAAGAAGAUGAAUCUAUCUGGAUUGACUGGGAGCCCCACAAAGUAUUGCUUCCAUCUCAGUUCAAGAGGUCCGGCUUUACCAUGUAAGCGCACUUUGGUUUCCCAAGAUCAGCGUAAAUCUCAGUUCUUUUGUCUUGAAAGACAAAAUACUUGGGUUGGAACUACACAGAGAUAUAUCACAAAAAGAACGUCUUUGGUGAAAUGUGCCAUGGAUGCUUCCUUCGGUGAUGCUAGAGAUGAAUCAUCUGUCAUUUUUCCUAGAAUCAACAUAAAGGACCCGUACAAAAGACUUGGUAUCAGCAGCGAAGCUUCUGAAGACGAAAUCCAAAGUGCUAGAAAUUUCCUCGUUCAAAAAUAUGCCGGACACAAACCAAGUGUUGAUGCAAUUGAAUCUGCACACGACAAAAUAAUAAUGCAAAAGUUUUAUGAGAGGAAAAACCCCAAAAUUGAUGUAAAGAAAAAGAUGAGGGAAGUAAGUCAGUCUCGUUAUGUGCAGGCUGUCACAAACAGGUUCAGAACCCCGGCUACAAACUUCAUCAUUAAAACAUCCAUUGCCUUUGUGGUACUUGCAGCUCUUACCGUGCUCUUUCCAACCGAAGAAGGGCCAACCCUUCAGGUAGCCAUAUCACUGAUUACCACAAUAUAUUUCAUACAUGACCGGCUGAAGAGCAAACUCAGAGCUUUUCUUUAUGGCGUUGGAACUUUUAUCGUGUCAUGGCUAUUGGGAACGUUCUUGAUGGUGUCCGUAAUUCCACCUAUACUCAAAGGGCCAAGGAGUUUAGAAGUGACAACGUCAUUAGUAACUUAUGCGCUUCUCUGGGUUUCUUCUACUUAUCUUAAAUAGAAUUGACUAUUUGUAUCGAGUGAAGUCCAAAAUUUUGGUCAUUAGAAGGUGGUUAUUUUGUUGCAGAGGUCAGAUUUUCGGGUUAUUUUUUGCUCUUUAAGGUGUUGUUUCAUGACAUUACUUUUGUGAAAGUUGUUUGAACUUUUUGUUGGCUC